UACCAUGAAAUGAGCGAAUACAUCUUCAGCAUUGGAAAGUGAAGUCAGGAAAAGGAAUUGUAGCCUUUGAAUGCUCUUUUCAAAUUUCGAACCGGUGUCCACCCACAUUGCUCAAACUGUUUGUUGCCAAUCCCUUACACUUUUUUGCGGAGCGUAUAUACUGCUGGAACUCUCAGCUCUGGCAGUCGUCGCAGCAGAAUUGACCGCCAAAACCCGGUCCGUGCUCCGUGUCGUCUGUAUCUCAGCAAUCACGACGACGAAACUCCUCCCCUUCCUGACGGCGAUAUUCAUAUCAAGAGCUGACCAGAGCACUACGACGGAUUUUCAGGCAGCCACAUCCACACAAGAUUUUCAUCGCGGGCAAUCACGAUCGAGCUUUGGAUGAACCUGAUAUUCGUACGAGUGUCCCUUCUUAAUUUCCAGACUAGAAAAUACA